UCUGGAAAGCAGGAGAAUUGACUUGUUACACACUAGAAAGGUCUCACUUAAACCAAUUCGUUUUAUUCUUUCAAAUGCUCUGAACUCUCCUGAAAGUUUUUUCUUAAAAACAAGGGGGAAUCCCUUGCGCUGAUCUGUAGCUCAGAGAGGAGCGAAUCCAGAGCUUCUCAAGCCUCUGGGGAUGUUGGACGUAACGACUGGAUUUCCCAAGAGAAAGGAGGAGUCUCAUCGCCUUGGGACGAUCUCAGGGAACGACUACAGGGGAUGAGCGGGCGCUGCUGGGAGCAACUUCCCUCUUGAAUAGAGACUGCGCGCGCCCUCAGACACAGGCUAGCCAUUGGCCGCUGUACUUCUGGCCCCGCCUCCUCCUUCAGCCAAUCACUCACGCCGCUGAGCCGCAGGUGAAAUGAAUCCGUUCUUGUAAUAUUCGGUUGCGCUGACACAAAGGUAACGCUGAGCUGCUGCGCUAAUACACUGGCUCUUCCCUUUAUAGAAGUAACAUGUUCUUGGGCGUUAGCGGCAGAGAGUGAUAGCAGCCGCGUUGCUGGGCAGAUUCAGACAAAAACAAUCUUGCGACAGAACAAGCGGCAUAAGCCGAAUGGUCAUUAAUACAAUAGCCAGUGUCUUUGAUACUAGUAGGAGCAGGUCGGCCAGAAAAUAAAGUUGGUUGGUUGACGCGCAGCGGUUGCCAAGGAAGAAGAAACGUUGGCGUUACUAAGGAAGUGCGCUGGUAGUUGCUAGGUUGGUAACCAAGGAAGUCGGAGGCAGCAGUCAUUCGGCAUCCGGUGCUGGGACAGAGUGUUGGACAGACUGACCGGCAGGCGCAGAAUGGUUGGUGACAAAAGCCUCUUCCUGAAGUGGUGAACUUUGUGGCUUCUGCUUGCUGGGAAACAGGAUGUCCAAGUCUAAGAGCUCGGAAUCUGUGCGGGUUGUUGUUCGGUGCCGGCCCAUGAACAGCAAAGAGCUGGCUGCUGGGUAUGAAAGGGUUGUUGAUGUAGACGUAAAACUUGGCCAGGUGUCGGUAAAGGUUCAUAAGGGAGCCACCAACGAGCUGUCCAAAACAUUCACAUUUGAUGCGAUUUAUGACUCCAACUCAAAGCAAGUGGAGCUUUAUGAUGAAACUUUCAGGCCACUGGUGGAUUCUGUUUUGCUUGGCUUCAACGGGACCAUAUUUGCAUACGGUCAGACAGGAACAGGAAAGACCUACACAAUGGAGGGAGUGCGUGGUGAUCCAGAAAAGAGAGGGGUAAUACCCAACUCAUUUGAGCACAUAUUUACUCACAUCUCAAGGUCUCAGAACCAGCAGUACCUGGUCAGAGCUUCCUACCUAGAGAUUUACCAGGAGGAAAUCAGAGACUUAUUAUCUAAGGAUCAGAGCAAACGCCUGGAGCUGAAAGAGAGACCUGAUACUGGGGUGUAUGUCAAGGAUUUGUCUUCCUUUGUUACCAAGAGUGUGAAAGAGAUUGAACAUGUGAUGAAUGUAGGGAAUCAAAACCGAUCUGUUGGAGCGACCAAUAUGAAUGAACACAGCUCUCGCUCACACGCCAUCUUUAUGAUCACAAUUGAGUGUAGUCAGAUUGGUUUAGAUGGAGAAAACCACAUCCGUGUUGGAAAGCUGAACUUGGUAGACUUGGCAGGGAGUGAAAGGCAAACAAAGACUGGAGCCCAAGGAGAACGGCUGAAAGAAGCAACUAAGAUUAAUCUCUCUCUUUCCGCACUAGGAAAUGUUAUCUCUGCUUUGGUUGAUGGGAGAAGCACUCACAUCCCAUACAGGGAUUCCAAACUCACCAGGUUACUACAGGACUCACUUGGUGGAAAUGCCAAGACUGUCAUGGUUGCCAAUAUAGGCCCAGCCUCCUACAAUGUGGAGGAGACAUUGACAACUCUCCGCUACUCCAACAGAGCCAAAAAUAUCAAGAACAAACCAAGAGUGAAUGAAGACCCCAAGGAUGCUUUAUUGCGGGAGUUUCAGGAAGAGAUUGCAAGACUGAAAGCACAGCUUGACAAAAGAGUAGGAGUUAAAAGGCGAAGAAGGGGAAGAAGAGGAACUGCAGGAGGAGAGGUAGACGAAGAUGAGGAUGAGGAAGGAGACUUAUAUGAAGGGGAUGACGUUUUGAAAGAUAAAGAAGAUUAUUGGAGGGAGCAGCAAGAACGGCUGGAAAUUGAGAAGAAGGCCAUUUUAGAAGAUCAUAGUUUGGUGGCAGAAGAAAAGCUGAAGUUACUAAAAGAAAAGGAAAAGAAAAUGGAUGAUUUAAAAAAAGAGCGAGAAGCCAUGGAAAUGCUGAAUUCCAAAGUCAAGGCAAUGGAGAGCAAGCUGCUUGUUGGAGGAAAGAAUAUUGUGGAUCACACAAAUGAACAGCAGAAGAUUCUGGAACAGAAGCGGCAUGAGAUUGCUGAACAGAAAUGUCGUGAGCGAGAGAUGCAGCAGCAGAUGGAGAGUCAAGACGAGGAGAACCUGGAGCUGAAGGAGACAUAUAGUUCCCUGCAGCAAGAGGUGGACAUAAAGACAAAGAAACUGAAAAAGCUCUUCUCCAAGUUACAGGCAGUAAAAGCUGAGAUCCAUGACCUGCAGGAAGAGCAUAUCAAGGAGAGGCAGGAGCUGGAGCAGACACAGAAUGAACUCACAAGGGAGUUAAAAUUGAAGCACCUUAUCAUUGAGAACUUUAUUCCACUGGAGGAGAAAAAUAAGAUGAUGAACAGAUGUUUCUUUGAUGAAGAGGAGGAUCAGUGGAAACUACAUGCAAUCAGCAGACUAGAUAAUCAGCAGAUGAUGCGUCGCCCAGUGUCGGCCAUAGGCUACAACAGACCCUUGUGCCAACAUGCCAAAAUGUCCAUGAUGGUCCGUCCUGAUUCCAGAUACAGGGCUGAGAAUAUUGUUCUGCUGGAGCUGGAUAUGCCAAGUCGCACAACACGUGAUUAUGAGGGCCCUGCUAUUGCCCCCAAAGUUCAGGCUGCCCUGGAAGCUGCUCUGCAGGAUGAAGAUGAUAUACAAGUAGAUGCGUCGACAUUUGAUAGUACAGCCACUAAGAGAACAAAAACAAGACCCAAAAGCAGCAGGCAACCUGGAGCCAAUGGAAGCUCUGCAGGUUCUUUGCUCUUUCCUCAGUCACGAGGCCUGGUACCCAAAUAACCUCAGAAACACAAGAAAAGAAAUCCCUCAGUGUUACCACGGGCAGGCUGUAUGGAUCUCGGGCACAAUCACUGGACUCAUGGAGGAGCAGAGACUGUACAUCUGGCAGCUAAUCGGGCCAAGGAGACCUUGCAUAUCAGCAGUGUGUGUGUUUGCUGCAUGGCUACAAAAUGGCACUUUCCCUGGCAAGUUGGGGGUGGCACCAAGGUUGAAUACUACAUAGAGAAAGUUGUUUGUGGAUGCAUCCCCUUGGAUUACUUAAGUGAACUAACAACCCAUCAGGUUAUGUGACUGCUUAGUGUGCUGUAAGCACAGUGGGUAUUGCAACAGAUUUAAUGCUCAACACGCCCCUCUGUAUACACUAUACAUGUGCUUAGUGUGCGCUGUAGGGCCGUGUGAUGCAACAUGGUGCUACCAAAACUACACAUACCUGUGGGGGUGCAGCCUGUGCACUCUCAUUACACUACAAAUAACUCCCAUCUCUGUUCUGGACAUUCUUCUCUACCCUCAGUGUAUGUGUUCUUUCCUGUCUCUAAAUUGCCUUGCUGGCACCCACCUAUCUCCCUCUACUUACCUCUCCCUUCUCUUAUCCAUCUUCCCUCUCCGUGGUACCCUUCUCUCCGACUGGUCUCCUUGGUAAAAAACAUCCCUCUCCUCCCAGCCCUCUCACUGAUGCCCAUCUCUCCUUUGCCACCUGUCUCCAUGGUACUAACCUACUUCUCCUCCUAUCCCUCUCACUGGUACCCAUCUCUCCCAUCUGUCUACUUGCUACUAAUGUCCCUCUCGCCGAUACCCAUCUCCCCCUUCUCAUCUGUCUCCCUGGUACUAAUCCCCCUCUCCUCCAAGCUCUCUCACUGGUACCCAUCUGUCCCCUCCCACCUGUCUCGCUGGUACUAAACUCUCCAUGAUACCAAUCUCUCCCACCCACUUGUAGUCUCUUUCAAGCUAACGCCCCUCUCCUCCCAGCCCUCUCACGUGUCCCUACCUUCUCUCAGUGGUAGUAAUCUCACUCCGCUUCCUUUCAUCUUACUUGUACCCAAUGCCCACCCAGCAAUCAGUCUGUCUACAUAGGUCUUGCUGCCCAACUCUCUGUACUCUUUUCAGCCUGGGCUUCUAGCUUGUCUCCCUGACAUUCAAAAGCCCUAAUGUACCAGUUUAUAACCCUCUACACCUAAAACUUAGUGAAAUAAACAUUGCUAGACUGAACUCCAAAACAGCAAAGUUGUUAAAUUAUUUAUUUGUACAUUUGUCUACUGGUGAAUGUAAAUCUGAAUAAACACCUUCUCCUUAAAAA